CGCCGACGAGGCGGCCGCUCCUCCGGCGAAACCCUAGGGCCACGAUGAGGUCGCUCCGCGCGGCGCGGACCCUGCUCGCCUCCCGCUCGUCCCUCCUCUCCUCGCGCGCGCUCCACGCCGCCGCGGCCGGCCGCUGGGGCAACGCCCCGCCGCCGCCGCCGACGCCCUGCCCGGGGCCGUCGUCCCGGGCCGGGAUCGCCGGCGCGGUCUCCUUCUCCCUGACGUUCGCCACGGUGGCGGUGGCCGAGGUGCAGGCCAAGGAGCGGCUGCCCACGGAUCUGCUGCCCCGGAACGUCGUGCUCUACCAGUACCAGGCGUGCCCCUUCUGCAACAAGGUUAGAGCUUUCCUAGACUAUCAUGAUAUACCCUACAAAGUUGUGGAAGUUAAUCCACUGAGCAAAAAGGAAAUCAAGUGGUCUGAGUACAAGAAGGUCCCGAUAUUGACGGUAGAUGGUGAACAUCUGGUUGAUUCUACAGACAUAAUCAAUAUAUUACAGCACAGGAUCAGCCCUGAUGAUGAAGUUACUAACGAAGAGGAAACAAAAUGGCGCAAGUGGGUUGAUGAGCACCUUGUGCAUGUAUUGUCGCCAAAUAUAUACCGGACGACUUCGGAGGCUCUAGAAUCUUUUGACUACAUUGCAAAGCAUGGUAACUUCAGUUACACCGAGCGGUUUGCUGUGAAGUAUGCUGGUGCUGCAGCAAUGUACUUCGUGGCCAAGAAGCUCAAGAAGAAAUACAACAUCACUGAUGAGCGUGCCUCGUUGUAUGAUGCUGCCAACACGUGGACGGAAGCACUGAAUGGAAGAAAUUUUCUCGGUGGCUCCAAGCCUAACUUGGCAGAUCUUGCAGCAUUUGGCGUUCUGAGACCUAUCAGAUACCUGCAAUCUGGAAAAGACAUGGUUGAGCAUACCCAAAUCGGCGAGUGGUACCAGCGGAUGGAAGAUGCUGUCGGAGAGCCAUCAAGAAUCCCGGAGGGCCAGUACCAGGAGUAGAAGAAAACCACCACUAAUAGAAUUGUUUGCUCGUUGAAGCCCUCAUUUCAAAUGGAUGAAAUCGAAUGGAAUGCAUGUCUUUCAUUAGGCAGUCAGGUUAUUCAAAUUUUGCCAAGGUUUUAGUAGUAUGCAAUAAUGCUGCCGCACAUAUGAAGUUAAAUACACGGUUUGACAUGAGAACAUGCUUCACACUGCUGCUUCAGAGUGUGGAGUGAUUGGUUUGGGAGUAGGAGAAAUGAGAAUUCCUGCUUCUCUCCA